CACCGUGCCGUCAUCCCCGCUCCGUUGGGGAGAUGCAGCCCGUUCUGUCACGAAAGUAAACACUUCCAUCAAGAUGGCUUCACAGUCCGUGUUCCAAGUGGUGGUUCUGGUGUCCUUUUCAGUCUUCCUCACCAUCGUGUUGGGGUUUGGACUGCCGGCUCUCCUGAACGCGCUCAUGAGGAUGGUGGGACUACCGGAAACGAGUGUAACAGAGUGCAUUGUGGUAAUAUACGCAGGUUUUGUUCUGUACGUCGCGACGCCUCGAAUUCCCAGAGGAUUGGUGAAGGUGAAAGGAAAAGCUGUGUUUAUUACUGGCUGUGACUGUGGAUUUGGUUUUGCACUCGCCAAACAUCUGCACUCACAUGGCUUCACAGUUUUUGCUGGAUGUCUUUUAAAGGAUGCAGACGGAGAAGGUGCAAAGGAGCUUGAAGAGUUGCAUUCGGAUCGCAUGAARGUGGUGCAGCUGGACGUCUGCAGCGACGAGCAGGUGAAAAAGGCCGCGGAGUUUAUCGAAGACAACCUGCAGGACUCGCAAAGAGGUCUGUGGGCUGUGGUGAACAACGCCGGCAUCUCCGCCUUCGGGGAGGUGGAGUUUACCUCCAUGGACACCUACAAACAGGUGUCAGAGGUCAACCUCUGGGGCACCAUCAGGGUCACCAAAGCGGUUCUGCCAUUAAUCCGCAGGGCUAAAGGUCGAGUCGUGAACCUGGCCAGCAUGUACGGGAGGAUGGGCAACCUCAUGCGAUCGCCCUAUUGUAUAUCCAAAUACGGCGUGGAAGCUUUUUCCGACUGCCUGCGCUACGAGAUGAGAGCCUGGGGAGUCAAAGUGUCCGUGGUGGAACCGGGGAACUUCGUCAUGGCCACCGGCAUCCUGACCCGGGACUUCGUGGCCACCGCGGCCAACAAGCUGUGGAGUGAGGCGCCGGCCAAGGUGAAGGAGGAUUAUGGGAAGAGCCACUUCGAGCAUCUCAUGGCUCUGAUGCGCUCCUACUGCAACAGCGGGGAGAAGRACAUGGCCCCCGUGCUGGACGACAUCACGGACGCCAUCGUGUCGAAGCGGCCGUACACCAGGUACAGCCCCAUGGAGCCGCACUGGUGGAUCAGAGUGCAGGUGAUGACCCACCUGCCCGGCGCCAUAUCUGACCUGCUCUACUUCUAAAAGAAGACGAACAACCUGUUUGCCUCCGAUCAGUUAGCUGCAGAUUUUACGGCACAUUAUAUGAAUCUCUGAAAAGUAAACCCAAUGUGGGGAUGCUGAUGGACAUUAAAAUCAGUCACUGAUUUUUACCUUAAGUGGAGGUUCAGAUAUUUAAAUGUAAGGCUCUGUGAAAGAUUAAGAUACGUUAAUAUCUUACCUGUUGCAGAUAACUCUUUAAACAGCCUCAGUCUGAAGAAAUGGCAGUUGAUUGAUUGAUGACCAAAUUGGAUUGCUUUCAUCUUUCAACAGCUCCACGGUAGUGGGCAGUAGCAGCCAACUGUAGCACUUGAUGUAGCCUUGGGUACUCCUGGCAGGAGUAUCAUAUAUUUUCUAGAAUAACUCUAAUGUGAAAUUGAUGGUGGUGCAACACUUUUAAUCAUUUUUUGCACAAACUUCUAAAYGAAACAAGUGUUUUGAGACACCAGCAGUCCACUUUUGAAUUGGCUUCACUCAGACUAACCAUUAGCUCAUCAGUCUGGUCAGGACUUUCUGUUCUACCUGCAACAGGCUGCGUACUCAUUUUCAAGACCUUAUUUUUUACUGAUCCUCACUUAAAAGAUUUGUAACUGUAAAAUUAUUACAAAAAUCAUAACCUGAUUAAUACACGUUGCAAUAAGUAACUUUAUAUUUGUAUGAGCAGUGUUCUGGCACAUCUAUAGCUAUAAAUACUACGUACUGUAUGUGUUGUUUGUUGUGGUAUUAUCUUCAAAGAUUUCUGCUUGUUUCUUUU